AUGUAAAUCGAAAUUGUUAACAUUCCAGUGAUAUACUAUAUGGUAGAAUCCAUCUUCAGUCAAAACAAAAGUAAAGAAAUGCACUAUAUCUUGCUCAGGAUCCAUUUCAAAUUUCAUAUUGUUUGGGGAGAAGCAUAGAGAUGGUCCUUUCAUAUGAACACUUAAAUAUUCGCUUCUUAUGGAAUUGAAAGAAAUGCUUCUUUAAUCCUUAUCCCAGUAUCUAACUCCACAAAUUUGUUCUUCCUUUUCCUCUUCACCUGCAGGUAUCAUGCAUACUGGGAUGUUUGUAAACAUUCGUUUUGUUGUCUCAAAAAUUAUAGUUUGGUAGAUAAAUGGAUGAAAUACUAUAUUCAUGAAGUUAGGUCUUGCUUUUGUGAAUAUUCUUUUAUUUUAAAAGCUUACGCUCCACAUAAAAUUUAUUUGUAGGGCAGGAGGAAAUUCAAAAGGAUGAAACUCUGGAAUAUUGUUAGAUUUUUUCUUUUUUUCUUCAUGCUUUUUAUCGCUAUCUUUAUUAUCAUCGUCAUCUGUGAUUGGCUUAUUAUGCUUGAUCACUUCGGGUAUUGUGAAAAUGAUGUUUUUAACUUUUUAAGGUAAAUUUAUUUCUUCUUAAGAGGAGGAAGUAACUAUCUUAUUUGA